AUGAAUCCCGCAAACUUUCCUAAUGUUGGCGGGGGCAUGCCUGGCGGAGCCAAACCGCAUGGCCAGAUGCAAAUACCCCAGAAAAAUGAGAAUGCUUCGGUGAUCAUGAACCAGGUUGCUCAAGCGCUUCAGACCCAGGGUCCGUUUACUGGUUGGAGGGCAGAAGUUCCGAUCAAGGACCGCGCCGUUAAGCCUCGAAUUGAUUUCCAGAGUGCCGCCCAGGCUGCCAUGAGCUUUGAGCAAAAAGCAUUCAAGGACGCCAGGGAAAAGGUCGAUUACGACAAGGAGUGCAAUGAAAAAUUAAUACAUAUCCGAGAUACUCGAGCAAGACAAGCGGCUGUGAUGCAAAAUGGGAUGAUGCCUCAGGGACCCGCCGCCGGUAUGCCUGGCGUUGGACAGAACGCUUUUCCGCAGCAGAUGAAUCGCCCCGUCCAACCCUCUUCGAUGCCCGGACAACAGCCUAUGCCAAUGAGUAUGAAUGAUCCUAGUCAACAAGCUGCAAUCCAACAACGACAGCAGCAGCAGCAACAACAACAACAACAGCAGCAACAACAACAGCAGCAGCAGCAGCAGCAACAGCAACAAUCACAACAGCAGCAACAACAGCAACAACAACAACAACAACAAACUCAAGCUAUGCUCCAGCAGCAACGCACACAGCAACGACCCGGCGGCAACGCUUCGCUUCCCGAUGAUCUGAACACACUCUCUGCCCAAGAGUACGAACAUGUCUGUCGGAUAGCCAACCAGAUUCUCGCAAAAACACCCCAAGAAGAUAUGGACAAGAUUCGUAUGAAUUUGCAGAACAUGACCCCGGAACAAAGGCAAUACCUUACUCGCAAGAAUAUGGAUCCAAUCACAUACUUCUUCCGCUGCCAGGCCCUUAACCAACUCCGAAGACACAAACGCAAUCGCAUGGAGAUGGCCCGCGCGCAGAACGCUGGUGUCGAUCCUAACGGGGCGAUGAUGGCUGACCCGAUGAUGAAUCCUCAGCAGCGACAGAUUUUCCAAAAUAUGAUGGGACUUCAACGCAACUCGGGAUUCCCCAUGGGUGGACAGCCAAAUCUCGAUCCAUCUUCUUUUAUCGGCAAUGUGGAGAAUAUUCAGGGCCAGCAAGCAGAUGGAUUGCGUUCGCAGGAAGCGGGACAGCUCGUGGUGCCGGCGAGUUCCUCCCAGAUGAAUCAACAGCCAUUCUCUAAUCCUCAAAACAUGUUCCAGGUCGGGCAACAGAUGGGUCAAACCAACAUGAAUGGUGCCGCGAUCAGCCCCCAAUUCCUCGCACAGCAACAUCUGCAGAACUCCCAGGCCGUUCCGCAGGAUCGAGUUCAGCAAACACCUCAAUUUCAACCGCAAUCGCAAGCACAAACUCAAGCCCAGGCACGAGCGCAAGCCGCUCAGAAAGUGCAAAUAGCCAUUACAUCGCAGGCUGGCCAGGCAAGUUCCCAAAUGCAACCACAGCUCUCUCAGAGCCCCGCCAUGCCCAUGUUAAACCGUCCCAUGCCGCCUGGGCAGAUGUCUCCCGUGCAAGUGCCCGCCCAAGUCCGACCGCCAUCGCGACCCCCGGGAAUGGGUCAACAACCCAACAAUGUACAGGGUCUAGCAGGACAGCCAGGAAUACAGGGUCGGCCACAGAUCCCACCAGGUCUGCCACCUGCGGCGCAUGAGCAACUGGCUCAGAUGACUCCAGAACAGCUCAACCUUUUCCUCAUGAACCAACGUCGCGCACUCGCAAACAGUCAAGGUCACGGAAGGGUCAAUGGCGUCCAGCAACCGAUGCCAAUGCAGCAGAAUUUAUCGCAAGCCGGACAGAAUCAGCAGAUGAUGAACAACCCGAUGGGCAAUAAUAAUCAGAACAUGCGAGCAUCUUUGGGCCUACAACAGCAACUUGCUGGUAUGAACAAUGGCCAGAUACCGAAUCAAAUGCUUGCUGGACAGCAGAUGUCGGUUCAACAGCGCCAACAGCAACAACUGCAGAGACAACAGGACCUGUAUAAACUCCAGCUCCUACGGCAACAGAGCGGGAGCCUCGAGAUGACUCCUGACCAGGUCAAGGAGAUGGACCGCAUCCAGUUCCCCCCUGCCAUCUUAGCGAACAACCCGAGCAUGGUAUCCCCCGUCCCAAAACAUAUCAAGACCUGGGGUCUUCUCAAACAAUGGGUCUCCGCAAACCCCCAGGCUCUCGGUGGUGUCGAUCUGCAAAAGCUAAUGACUCUGCAAAAAUUACAUCUCGCUCAAAUCGUGGCCCAAGGAAAAGAAGGAGGCGUUCGUAACGCCGAUCAAAAUGGCCAGGGCAACUGGGGAGCCAUGAUGUCUUUUCAGGGGCAGCAGCCCCAACCGUUUAUGAACCCGCAAGCGUUUCAAGCAGGUCAACAACAGAUGCCGAUGAACAUGCCAGCCAUGCGGCCGAUCACUGCCAAUGAGAUUCAGUUGGCUCGCCAGCGCUUGGGUGCUCAAGUUCAACAUUACACUGACGAUCAGCUCCGAGAGAUUCUCCACAGAAAUCGCCAGAAGCAUAUGAUGCAGGCGGCCCAGAAUCGAGCAGCACAGGCUCUUGCUGCACAGAACAUGAGUCAGAACCAACAGAAUCAAGCGGUGCAACAGCCUCCAGUGACGGGACCCCCCGCAAACGCCCAGGCCAAGCAGGCUCCCCAGCAACCAACUGCGCAGCAGAACCAACAGGCACAAGCUGCAAAGGCGGCGGCUGCAGCCCCUGCUAAGGGUCCUAAGGCAGCUCCCACCAAACAAGGCACCAAGCGCAAAUCAACUAAUGAGGAGCCAUCGGAUGUUCAGAUCACGCCUACCCCCAAGGCGGCCCAGCCAACUACCAUUCAGGGUGUAUCAGCGCCUCCCGUUAGACCCAACAUGCCUCUUACUCAGGAACAGUUUGCGGCGAUGACACCCCAGCAACGUCUGCAACUGGCCCAGAUGCGCAAACAACAGCAACAACAGCAACAACAGCAACAACAGCAACAACAACAAGGUCAGCCGCGUGUUCCAAUCAGCCGAGCAUCGGCUGAAGAGGCCUGGAAUAAUCUGCCGGAGAAAAUUCGCCAACUGUACAACGACAUCUCGAAGAAUGCGCCCCCCGCUGAGCCUGUAGCUGUUUCCACAGAGCAGAAAGCUGCCAUGGCUCAGCAACUACGCGAAUGUACCGAUAUGCUUGGUAGAAUGGAUACCCUUGUUCAGUGGUUCGCCAAGAUCCCUGGUCAAGAGAAGAACGUACGAAGCUUACUUGCAAUGCGUAUACAACUGAUGAGGCAGUUCAAGCCCGGUCCGGACUGGACUCUCAAUGACCAUAUCACCAUAGCCCCAGGGUACCUCACCGGUACCAUCAACUAUAUCAAGAGACUAUUCCACGCUAUGAUUGCGCGAGUGAACCAGCAGCAGAACCAACCCUCUGGUCAACGACCUAGCGUGUCCCAGGGUCCUCCUGCAAUGCAACCGACCAAUCAGAACAACAUGCCUGCUCUCAAUGCAAGCAAUUUGCAGCAACUUCAGCAACAGGAGGAAGCUCUUCAGCGGGCUCGAAGAGCUUCUAGCCAGGCCGCCUCGACCACUUCGGCGGUGCCACAGCCACCUUUCGGAGCGCCAUCUCCUCAGGGAGUCCCGCAUGUCUAUGGUCCGGGUAGCAUCCCCCCUGAAAAGUUGAAACUCCCUCCUUCAAAGAAGAGGAAGCAGUCUCAUCCUGGUGGUACCCCUAUCCCGGGUCAAGCUCCUGGCACGCCGGUUAUGAAACUACAGGGCAUUAAGCCACCCGCGCCAGAUGCCAAACCGGCUGCUCUUUUGGCGGGGCCGUUUAAGUGCAGCAUCCCUGAAUGCCAGAAUUACCAUCUAGGAUUUACAACUCAAGAUGCGUUGGACAAGCAUGUUGAAGAGAGCCACAAGGUCGAGGAGCCUAUUGAUAAUCCACUUGAGUUUGCCAUCGAAAGCUUCCGCACCACUCUCGUCAAAGAUGAAGGAGCUCAGCCGGAAGAUCUCAAGAAGAUCGGGGUUGCCCCGGCCGGGACCAAACAAGAAGUCAAGCCCGAGGCAAUUGCACCGGUGGCCAUGGGACGAGUACCCACGCAGCGCGGGACUAAGCCUGCAUCCCCAGCAGCCCAGCAGACCCCUCGCAUGCCUUCCGGAAAGGCUCCUGCCGCCGUAUCUAAACCCAGCCCGAGCAAGGACGAGAAGAAGGAAGGCGGGAAACUGGCCGAUCGCGCUGCACCGUCCCGGGCGAUGUCUACCAAGGACCCUUGGGCCGAUAGUGCCAUAUCUCUCGACAAUAUCUAUGACACGUUCAUGGAUCUGGGAGACGACGCUGGCUUCGGGUUCAACCCCAUGGACGAGUUUAUCAACUCGGACAUGUUCGCGAGUGUCCAAUCCGAAGACACUCCAGACUCGGUGGAGUCUGGGGUUGCCACUCAGACACCCAAAGAUACUGAAAUGCCAAAGGCCCAAGAUGCCAGCGGCAAAUUCGGGGUUGUGUCCGGGGACAACUGGAUUCCAGCGGACUGGGUGAAUGUCCCGCUGCGGUUCGAGGACUCUCUCAUGGUCAAUGAUGAUUCAUGGGAGAGUCUUGACUGGGAUGCCGUGGAAAGGGACACAGCCAUGACUAUUGACGAAAAUGGAGUAGCCAUCUAUGCUAUGUAA